GUUUCUGUUUGUAGUUCGGUGCCUAGAAAGCAGGGUCCAAGUGAGCUCCAGGCCAACAGCUUUUGUGCAUCCGAAAUCCCGUAUUCGAGAAGCUGUGAUCGCCGAAAGCCUGCAUCUGAACCUCUACAAAACUCAGCAAACUGCCUUGAAAGAGACUCGCCAGCGUGAGAUGGGGAGGAAGCUGGAUCUCUCCAAGCUGACCGAUGAGGAGGCCAGGCACGUCUGGGAGGUGGUUCGGAGGGACUUCGACCUGCGGAAGAAAGAGGAGGAACGGCUAGAGGAGCUGAAGUGCAAGAUCGACCAGGAAAGCAGCAAGAGGGCAUUCCUGACAAAUCAGUCCCACCUCAACGAAACCCACUGCGUCCACUGCCUGCAGCCCUUCAAAUUCCUGCUGAACAGCAAGAGGCAGUGCCUGGACUGCCACUUCUACACCUGCAAGAGCUGCAGCCGUUACAACAAGAAGGAGCGGGGCUGGGUCUGCGACCCCUGCCGCCUCUCCAGGAUUGUGAAGAUCGGGUCCCUGGAGUGGUACUACGAGCACGUGCGGUCCCGAUUCAAGAGGUUUGGAAGCGCCAAGGUGCUGCAGUCCCUCUAUGGCAGGCUGCAGCCAGGGCAGCGGGACAACUCGGCAUUUCUAGGUCUUCACGACAGAGUUUACAGCCUGCCAGACAUAAACAGUGAAUGCCAGCUCCGUGCCAGCAGCAUUGGGGAUGACAGCAAUGAUGAAGACGAUGCCCUUCGUGGGGCCGAAGCAGAGUGUUACAGCAGGAUGCGCAAGACAAAGCGCCUGCUGUCUGUCCAUCCCUUUGAUUUCGAACUGGACUCGGAGUACUCCUCCCAGUCUCGCCGCCAGUCUGCGCAGCUUUCUCCAGCACCAAUCAGCCCUGAUGGCUUCCAGUCCUUCCCAGGUUUCCCCAGCUCGGCUGAAGAUGCCCCCCAAGAGCACAGGAUGGAGGAAGCAGGUCUGGCAGCGGUCUUCCACCACAUCUUGCAAGAACAGGAACAGCACCCAAGCCCUCCAGAGCAGCUCUUCAGCACAGAGGUUCAUCUCACCAUCAAUUCACGGAGAAGGAGCCUGGAAAGAAAUACAAAACCUGGCAGCCCCUGGGGCGAGCAGCCCCGGUCCCCGUACUCUGCAGACAUGGACACCUCUGAUGAGGACGUGAAUGGAGCCCAGAAGGUCCCUGCCUACCUGCCCCACCACAUGAAACGCCGGAGCAGAGCCUCUUCCCAGGAGAACAUCAGCCACUCAGGAAACCAGAUUCAUGAGCUCAACAAACGCAUGUCUGCAAUUGAACACGUGCUGAACCGCUUGGAGGAAAAAAUCCUGGUGCACUCUGCCGAGUCUCCAGCCCCAGAGCCCCAGCUCGAUCCCAACACUGAGGAGGAGGAGCUCAAGAGGAAGCUGCAGGAGCUAGCCAGCAACAUCAGUGACAAAGAAGUUUCCUCGGAAGAAGAGGAGCAUGAAGAGAAGACAGGAGUGAAGAAACCAGAGAUGAGUUCCUCCAGCGAUCGAAAGAGGUCGUCGGCUCAGGCUUUGAGCGAAAUCACGGCCGAAGUCCUGAGAGCCAUAAACGCCACGGAGAAAGCAGUCUGUGAGUCGGUGCAUGGAGAGAGCCAGUGCAAUGGGCCCUGUGCCCCCCUCAGAGGGCAGCGUCCCAGUCUGGAAGAGGGGAAAGAGGUGGCCGAAGCGUACCGUGAGUUGGAAGAAAAUGUGUACCUGACUGCUGGGAAGACGUACCAGCUUGAGACGACCCUCGUGGAGCUUGAGGAAGGGGCUCAGCACAGCGGCACGACCGACUCGGAGCUGUCAGAGCUGGAGGACAAAGUGGCCUCGGCAGCCACUCGGGUGCAGCAGGCAGAGAGCGAGAUAUCGGACAUCGAGUCUCGAAUUGCGGCUCUGUCUGCGGCAGGGCUGACCGUGAAGUCGGUGGAAAAGGCAAGGAAGAAGAGCGGGCAGGAGAUGUCUGGACCACAGUUCCUCAGGAGGAAAUUCAACAGCCCCCUCGAAAUUAGCGGUCCUGAUGACUCCUUCGACCGCAACUCCGCGUACCGCGGCUCGCUGACGCAGAGGAACCCCAACGGGAAGAGCAGGAGAGCGGAGCGGCUCUUUGCGAAGCCCGUGAUGACCCACCUGCCCUGAGGAGAGGGGCACCGUCCCGCCGACAGUACGAGACCUCAGCACAGAGCCUCGCCGCCUUCCCUCAGCGCUUGCCCUUCCUUCUCCCGCUGCCAUCUGCCCCUGGAAGCCCAGCCGGGGGGAAGUCAGGACCCCAGCGAGGACCCCAAAAGAAGCAAGGUGUCGGGGUGCAGGAGCGUGGCUGGGUCUUCGUGUGGGGGCACACAUCCGUGGGGCUGUGGCUUUGGGCAGGACGCUGCCUUCCUCCUCCUCCUCCUCCUCCCUACCUGCCGGGAGGUUCGGUGCCACUCUCCCCGCGAGGUCACAUCAGCAGCAAGCAGAGCACAGGGGCUCCUCAUGAGUCUCCCCACUCUGCCCGAAGUUUGCUGAUGUCCCUCGGGGGCUGCGAUGGCCCCGGGCUCCUGCCAGCAGCACUGGUGACACCCACCCACCCCAAAAUCCAGACUGCUUGUUUGCCUCCAGCUGCUGCUUUCUCUGGCUGGAGGCUUCAGAGGAGAUUUUUGCUAAAAGCGUUGGCUCAGUACCUGCCGGUCAAUGCCCUUUACCUUCACCAUGACUUCCCAAGCACGUAACACAUAGGCUUGGCUUCAGCAGCCGUAGAGACUCCUAGCAGUCCAGAAACCAGUCCUGCAGUCACCCCAGGGCAGUCUUGUAAGUCUGGAGCCUGGAAACUUUCCCACUCCAGGUGGAACAAAACCAGUUUCCUUUUUUUCAAACAAAAAUCCUCGUGGCCUGAAGUUCAAAAGAUUGAGCCAAGCCAAGGGCUGUAGGUGGCCCAAGGAGACUUGGGAUGGUAUUGACUGCUUGUUCAGGCUGUAGUUAACCUGUUACUUGCUGGUUUCCUGCCCUGUCUGCCCGUGUAGAGGUUAU